AUGACUAUCGCACCGUAUCCAGUUGGCGCCUUCAAAUCGCAGAGAACGGAUGUUCUCAUUGUAGGCGCGGGCCCUGCUGGAUGCAUGGCCGCCGCAACUUUGCAAAGAUACGGCAUUGAUUUUUGCCUGAUUGAUAAAAGACCCACGAGAACACAAACUGGGCAUGCAAGUGCAUUCCAACCUCGAACCCAAGAGAUCCUGCAGACGAUGAAUCUACUUCAUGAUCUUGACAAGAGAGGACAUCGCCUUACCGAAACCUCCUUUUGGAUGCGUGAUAGCACAGGCGCUCUAAUCAGCAACUUCACGGGCGCUGAGGUGGUUCAUGCCACACCUUACCAGUACCUCUUUAACACCGACCAAGGUAUGACGGAGGACGUAUUUGAACAGUAUCUGAACACCAAAGGGCAAAAGAUACAGCGGUUCAUGGAAUUGGUUCAUUAUGAGCACGACUUAGAUCCCGAAUGGCCACUCACAGCAUACAUCAAAAACAAUGCUAGCGGGGCCAUUGAAGCGUGGCAGACGAAGUAUAUCCUGGGUACUGACGGGGCGCGAAGCGCUACACGGCGGGCUACCGGCGUGCAAUCAUCCUCUCAGGGUGGUGAAGACGUUUGGGCUGUGGCGGAUGUUUAUGUUGAUACGAACUUUCCCGAUUAUAGAAGACGUUGCGCGAUCCGAACCCCUGAUGGUGGUUGCAUGUUAAUUCCUCGCAAGGAUGAAGGACUCCGGAUUUUUCUCCAGGUAGAUGAGAAAAGCCAAGAGCAUCUCGAUGAAAACGGAGCUUCUGGGCAAGAUGCCCUCACUGGAAACAGCGCUUUCAAACUCACCCAGACCGUCCAGUCGCACAUCAACAAGGUCAUUCAUCCUUACAAGAUGAAUAUUACUGAUAUUGUUUGGAUCAGCCAGUACCGUGUUGCCCAGCGAGUUGUUCACCACUUCAGUGAUCCGACCAAGCGAGUUUUCCUUCUUGGAGAUGCAUGCCAUACACAUAGUCCUAAGGCGGGACAAGGGAUGAAUGUCAGCAUUUCAGACGCAUACAACCUCACAUGGAAGCUGGCACUUGUCAUGAAGGGUGUCGCAAAAGCAUCGUUGCUCGAAACAUACGAACAAGAGAGACUUUGGGUUGCGCAACAGCUCAUUGAAUUUGAUGCCUUGUUUGCCCGUCAAUUCGGACAGAAAGAUAAGCUUGACAGUCAGAAUCUCCGCGAAACAUGGGAAAUGGGACAUGGCUUCACAAGCGGGUGUGGAUAUGAGUACCCUGCAAACUUGCUUGUUAACCCCGAUGUCCGGACAUCAAUCAACAACCAAGCAGCAGAACCGCUCACGCCGGGCAAACGUCUCUUACCUAUCGAUCUGAUCCGACACAUCGACGGCAAUCAUGUCCGCAUGCUGGACAUCAUGCCAUCCAACGGUCGAUUCCAUUUGUUCAUUUUUGCGGGCAAUGACCUAUCUUCGCCGACCCUUCAAAAGCUCGGAAAUACCUUGGACUCACCUCACUCACCAAUGAGCCUGUUCAAUCUUCUGCCACUGGAACUCAUGGAACGAUUCCGUCAUGAGGACAUUACAACGGCAUCAGUUCCGUUCACCAACAAGGCAUAUGUUCUUGAUCUUUUCUUGAUUCAUUCACAAAAUCACCUGGAUGUUCAACUGGGGAAUAUCCCUUCUCCAUUCUCCACUAAAUGGCCCAUGAACGUAUACUCUGAUUAUGAUGGUGCUGCACAAAAUCAGCUUGGUGUCCCUGAAGACUCUGGCGCCUUGGUGGUGGUGAGACCAGAUGGUUAUAUUGGACUUGUCACUGGCUUGGAUAAUGUUGAGGACGUGACGUCCUAUUUCGAUGGCUUCAUGCACCGGCGCAUCUAG